UCCAACCGGUGUACGCCGUGCGAGACCACGAUGACGACCGGCGUUUAGUGUAUCGCGGUAUUUCACACUUUGUCGUCGUGCCCGCGACACAGACGUCCCGUCAGCUUCUGAGCCUAUCGAUUUCGUCCCGGAGUUUGCGGUCUUCUCUGCAUCCCGUCGGCACACCACCGCAAUAAUAACAUCAUUAUUAUUGACAUCGACAACGAGAAACGAGAAUAAUAUUGUUAUUGUCACAGAAAACCACGAGAUCUAGAAAUCAUCAAUAUGGAAGAAGUAAAUAAAGAACGUGAACCUUUAGUCCAAAAUGCAACUGGCCGUACACUUGUUCAAGGAGAUAGUUGGUAUGCUAGUACUUUUAAUACUGAUGAUUGGGAUUCAACUAAAAUCAACGGUGAUAAAUGUAAAGCGAGCUCAAAUUAUACAGAUUGGGAUCCAAUUAAUAACAAUGGUCAUACUGAUGAUGGCAAAGUGGUCGAUAAUUUUUGUGAUAAUCAAACCAAUGAAUGUUUUGAUGUUACUGGUUGUGUAGACUCAAAUCAAACAAAAUCUGAUGUUGAAUAUCAAACUGAUACUUCUAGUUAUGAAAAUAACGGACUAACUUAUGUCGAGUCUUCUGAUCUACAAUCCUAUGAUUCUUGGGGGUAUCCAAUCACAUGUGAUCCAGCAAACAAUAGUACAGAUACCGGAAAUUAUUCAGAAAUCAAUGAUUGUAAUAACUGUUAUCAUGAAAGUGGUCGUGGAUACCAACAAGGUACACGGUUUACUAAAAAAUCAAAUAAAAAAGGUUUUAAUGGUAAAAUGGAAAAGCAAAAAUCAACUUAUAUUCCUCCAGACUUUGAAGAAAAUGAUGACUUCACAAUGGAAGCAGGAUUAAACUUUGAAAAGUACGAUAAAAUUGAAGUAAGAGUAAGUGGAAUGGAAGUACCCAAACACAUAACAUCAUUUCAAGAAUCUGGUCUACGUGAAAUAUUAAUAAGCAAUUUGACCAAUUGUCAUUAUACUACUCCAACUCCAAUUCAGAAAUAUGCUAUACCAAUCAUUAUGAAUGGAAAAGAUAUGAUAGCUAGUGCUCAAACUGGUUCUGGAAAAACUGCAGCUUUUGUUUUACCAAUUUUAAACAGUUUAAUUAGUGAACCAUCUGAAUUAGUUGUUGAUUAUAAUCAUUGCGAACCACAAGUUUUAAUUCUGGCGCCCUCUAGAGAACUUGCCAUACAAAUAUGUGAAGUUACAACUAAAUUAAGCAAAUAUACUUCAAUUCGAUGUGAACUUCUUUAUGGAGGAACAGCAACUUAUCACCAAAAAGAAAAAAUUUUGAGAGGUGUUCAUAUAAUUGUGGCUACUCCGGGACGCUUAAUUGAUUUUGUAAAUCGAGGUUUAAUUACUUUUUCAUCUUUGCGAUUCUUUGUACUUGAUGAGGCUGAUCGUAUGUUGGACAUGGGUUUUUCACUUGAUAUUGAACGCAUAUUAACUGAUAAUACUAUGGUGUCUUCGGCAGAAAGAUCAACAAUCAUGUUUUCAGCAACCUUACCCACAAAUGUUCAACAAAUAGCUAAAUCUUAUUUGAAAUCAGAUUAUAUAUCAGUAGCUGUUGGAGAAAUUGGAGGGGCUUGUAAAGAUGUUACACAAACAUUUAUAGAAGUUAAUAAGUUUAGUAAAAAAAAAGCAUUAGUUGCUAUGCUAAAUGAAACGAAUGAUUGCCAAGGUACAAUUGUAUUUGUUGAACAAAAAAGACAAGCUGAUUUCAUAGCAGCCUUUCUCAGUGAACUUAAUUAUCCUACUACAAGCAUACACGGCGAUCGUCUACAGCCAGAACGAGAAAAAGCUUUAAGGGAUUUCAAGACCAAAAAAAUGAAGAUCUUGGUAGCUACAGCUGUAGCUGCUAGAGGACUAGAUAUAACAGGUGUCACAACGGUAGUGAAUUUUGAUUUACCAAAAACCAUUGAAGAAUAUGUACAUAGAAUUGGGCGUACUGGUAGAUUGGGAAAUGCAGGUCGUGCUGUUUCAUUUUAUGACCCAACAAACGAUUCUCCCAUGGCUCCAUUUUUAGUUAAUACUCUUAAACUGGCUGAUCAGGAUAUCCCAGAAUUUUUAUCCCAGUAUAGCAGUGAAGAUCAGGAACCUUGGAGUCAAUUUAAUGACAUAAGACCGUAUGUUCCAGUAUUGUCUGAGUAUAUCAAGCAAUCAGUGGAAGAGUGGUAAUCCUAUCUCAAUAAC